AAAACUCAGGAGGCAUGGCAGUUGGACCUUUUGCGAAGGAAACCCUAGCGGAGAGGGCAAUAAUGACGAGGGAGUCACUGCAGAAGAGCCAAAUCAUCACUGACAACAUGAUUACCAUUCUAGGCUCAUUCGAUCACCGUCUAUCCGCCCUAGAGACCGCCAUGCGCCCCACCCAGAUAAAGACGCAUUCGAUUCGGAGGGCUCAUGAGAACAUUGAUAAGGCACUGAAGUCUGCUGAAGUGUAUUUAGGUCAAUUUGACCUAUCACGACAGGCCGAGGCAAAGUUAUUGCGAGGGCCGCAUGAAGAUUUGGAGAGUUACAUACAAGCGGUUAACCAGAUGCGGAACAUUGUGACAUUUUUUAGUAGUAACAAAAGCCUCAAGAGUAGUAUGGGGGUGCUUAACCAUGCGAACAACUUAUUAUCAAAGGCAAUGCUAAAAUUAGAAGAGGAAUUUCGACAGAUCUUGACAUUGCACAGCAAGCCUGUGGAACCUGAUCGUCUUGUUGACCUAAUACCAAAUAACAUGCGACCAUCAGCUGGCGAAUCAGGCAACAAGAGACCAUCCAACGCCAGCUUGGAUACUACUGUUUUCACACCUCCUGUUCUUAUGCCACCAAGGAUUCUGCCAUUGCUACAUGAUCUAUCUCAACAGAUGAUUAAGGCUGAGCACCAACACCAACUCUUUGAUAUUUAUAGUGAAACCCGGACCGUAGCUUUGGAACUAAGCAUAAAAAAAUUAGGAGUGGAGAAACUAAGUAAAGAUGAUGUGCAGAAGAUGCCCUGGGAGGUUUUGGAAUCUAAAAUUGGAAAUUGGAUUCAUUACAUGCGAAUUUCUGUCAAACUGUUGUUUGCUGGGGAAAAGAAAAUUAGUGAUCAAAUAUUUGAAGGUUGUGAUUCUCUUAGGGAGCAGUGUUUUGCAGAAAUUACUGGUGCCAGUGUUGGUGUACUACUCAGCUUUGGGGAAGCUAUUGCCAAAAGCAAGAGGUCACCUGAGAAAUUAUUUGUUCUUCUAGACAUGUAUGAGAUAAUGAGAGAGCUUCAGCCAGAGAUGGAAACAAUUUUUGAAGGAAAGCAUUGUGCGGAUAUGAGAGAUUCUGCUGCUGCUUUGACAAAGCGUUUGGCACAGACAGCCCAGGAGACCUUUGCUGAUUUUGAGGAUGCAGUUGAAAAAGAUGCAACCAAGAAUGCUGUUCUAGACGGAACUGUCCAUCCGCUGACAAGUUAUGUGAUAAAUUAUGUGAAGUUCCUCUAUGACUAUCAGUCCACAUUGAAACUACUUUUCCAAGAAUUUGAUGCAACUGAUCCAGAUGAGCAGUUGGCAAAUAUAACAACACGGGUCAUGCAGGCUCUUCAGAAUAACCUCGACGGGAAGUCCAAGCAGUAUAAAGAUCCUGCCUUGACUCAACUGUUUCUUAUGAACAACAUCCACUAUAUUGUUAGAUCUGUCCGCAGGUCAGAGGCGAAGGACAUGUUGGGUGACGAUUGGGUACAAAUUCACAGAAGAAUAGUUCAGCAACAUGCAAAUCAAUACAAGAGGAUAUCGUGGUCCAAGAUCCUUCAGUGUAUGACGGUUCAGGGAAAUGAUAGUGGAGGAGCGAUUUCAAGGGCAGGAGUAAAAGAUCGGUACAAAACAUUUAAUGUUCAAUUUGAAGAGCUUCAUCAGAGACAAUCACAAUGGACAGUUCCUGAUAGUGAGUUGCGUGAGUCUCUUAGACUUGCCGUGGCUGAAGUCCUUUUGCCUGCCUACAGAUCUUUCAUCAAACGAUUUGGGCAUAUGAUUGAGAAUGGGAAAAACCCGCAAAAAUACAUCAGGUUUACACCAGAGGAUCUUGAGAGAAUGCUGGCCGAGUUUUUUGAAGGGAAGACAUGGGGUGAACAAAAGCGAUAACUGUAGUGAGAGU